UUCCUCCGCUGCUCACAGACUGUGAUGUGCUCGCGCUCGGGACAGGGGGACCACCUGCACCUGGGAUAUAGGAAUAUAAGGCUACUUACUGCUCGUUUUUACCCGUGGCGGAGUGGCAGAAGCCCCUUGUCUUCUGAAAACAUUGGGUAAUUUCCAAUCGUCUGCCAUGUAUGAGGGGUCUGAGUCCGUGGACACACAGGAAGUUAGAACUGAGAGCACCCUUGGGUCCUCUGUCUCCACCUGCAAGAAGGUUUUGUGCAGUAACAGUGUUCUGGAUUCAUCUGAUUACUGGUUGAAAAACGAUAAGGCGCUCUGCAGAAUCGGAUUCCUGGAGGACCAGCAUGACGGCGGAUGCCCGACAAUCUGCUUCGUAAACCUGGACAAACACCCCUCUGAUCGCCAUGAUGACAGUUACAUUAAGAAACUGGCCUCAGUGUGCCCAGAGCUGCCACGGUUAAUUGAGUCUCUCGGAGUGCGGCAACCCAAAGAAAAUGAGAUUCUGCUUCUCAGCAGCCUAGAGUCACCUGAUUCCUGCCAUCAUGACCCCAGCCACCCACAGAGCCAGAGAACUGCUCAUGUCUGUCUGGUGCAUUGUUCCUGUGGGCGUCGGCCGACCCAAACGAACAGUGUCAUUUUUGAGAUCAAUAAGUUUCUUAUUGGUCUACAGUCAGGUCAGGAGAGGCAGCAGCAUGGCCGAUUUGCUGGUCAGCGGGCUACUGAAGAGGACACCAAUCGCUCCGUUUCAUCCAUAGAAGAAGACUUCCUUACUGCCUCUGAGCAGCUUGGGGACGAUAGCGAGGAUGAUCCAUUCAGAAAUGAUCCUGAGGUUUAUGCUAUGCCUGAGUCGGUUAAGGCAUUAAGAGCAGCCCAAGCUCAAAGAAGGACUGAAAUGGAGAGAGAUGAUAGUGAGGACUCAGAGACCCUCUGCACCUCUUCCAACUCCCAGAAGCUCUCAAGAACAUAUUCUGCCCCCUCCAGAGGCCCAAGUACCUCCCCAAAACAAUUCAGUCAUCACACCAACAAGUCAGCUGGUCACUAUACCACGAAUCUGGCGAAGUCUGUCCUCCAGGACAAUUUUAUUAGUUUGUCACAAGAUGAACCUUCUUUUGCCACGGAAGCAGCUGUGAGUGUCUCCAACACUUUGCAACAGUCAGGUGAUGUGAGCCACUCUGUUGAAGAGCUCCCAAGUGCUCGACCCUGCUCUUUCGAACUCCCUAAAAUUGUAAUUGUCCAGAGUCCUGACAACAGUGAGGAGGUGACAGAGUGGCCUGAAGCACAGUUGCAUGGAACACCAGAGCAUGACGGAGUACACAAGGCCGGAUCGAAGCAUGGAACUCACCCCCAGCACAACUCCCCAAUUGUACACUCUGCUAAGCCUGUGGAGAUAGCAUUGGCAUGUGCAGCGAGCGUCAUCGGCACCAUUACCACACCUCAGGUCACAGAACAACUCACAAUGGAGUCAGAAGAUGAGUGUGAGGAUGAGGAAGAAGAAGGGAGUGAAACAGAACAAGGGGAGUAUUCGUUUUCUUCUGCAGUAUGUGGAAUGUCUCAGGUUGCUGGUGCAGUAGCUGCGGUAGAUCUUGCCGAAGACUCUGGGGAUACAGAAGACUCAACAGACAUGUACUCUGCUUCUAUGGGACUUCUGUCAGUUGCCCAAGCAUCAACUGCCAUACCUCUCCACUGUAGCAUUGCCGAGGGCACCAGUGUUGAGGCUUUCAGGGCCAAUGUGGCUGAAGUUCUUCUUAGGGAAGCUUCGGCUGUUCUCACCCACAGACAAAGUUAUUCAAGCAUUGCAAAUUUCCUUGAGACCACACAUAGCAAGAUAGUGGAUGGAAUCACAAAUCCAAGAAGGCCCUAUCAGGAACAACAGGAGGUGGAUAAUUUUACCCAGGAAAUAUCAGACACUAUCUUUCAAUAUGCCCUUGAGAAAGCUGAAAAGAGAAAAGAGCUUGAGGGUCCUGGAAAAGAUGCUCCAAACAUCCAGGGUUUUCUCUUGGAUUGUGUGAAUAAUUUUCUCUUUGAUGUCCUUUGUGUUACAUCAAGAAAAAUCAGUGACAUUUCAAAAUGUAAUUUGGGGUCAUCUAACAGGAAAGAAGAAAACAUCAGCUUUAGGGAGUAUGAGGCUGAUACCAUGUCUGCCAGAGAAGCAUUAAGUCAAUUACAUUAUUUGAUUGAGCCAAGCCAGGCUUAUAAUCAUGGAGAGAGGCAGAGUAGUGUGGAGAACCUGUCUGUUUUCAUUGGGAAAAGAGAGAGAGAACAAAAAUACAUACAGGAGGAGAAAGAGAAUGAGCCAAAACUGAAAGAAACCUACAGACUUACUCUGAAUCGAGUGACUGCCACUAUGCUCAAAGAGCAAUCUAACCUGCAAGUGCAGCUGAGUAGGAGUGAGAAGAGCUCAGACUCUGCUCUCCCCUCAGCCGAAAGCUCCCCACUUCAUAUGCCACGAGGGAGGCCAGGAGGGGAGAGUGAGACCAGACAGUAUUCCUUAUCGUCCUUUUCAGGAGCACUUGUGUCACUUAAAAUGGAUUCGGCCGAGUCCAAAACUCCUGUCACAUGCUUUGCCGAAGACUUGGCGACUACAGUGAUCUCCAUGGCAACAGAGCUGGCAGCGAUAUGCUUGGAAAAUUCAAGUGGAAAGCAGCCAUGGUUCUGCGCCUUAAAGGGAGUGUCAGAAGGUCCAGAGGGGCUGCUUCUGCCCUGCCGCCCAGCUGCAGCUCUCUGCCGUAAAGAGACACAAAAUGGCACUUCAGUCAUCAAAAAGCACAGACCUCCACGCCUCAGUGAAAUCAAACGUAAAACUGAAGAGCAGCCUGAACUCAUGGAGCGUCUGGUCAACCGUGUCGUGGAUGAGACCGUCAACCUAGACGAACCAACAACCUCUGACCCAUUUGCACUCUUUGCAUCCGAGGUCACAGCCAAGAUAAUGAACUGUCCUGAAUUGAGUGUAGUGGACACGUCCAAAUCUGGCCAAUCAUCUCGCAGCCGCCUGCAAUGUGAGAGAUGGAGCAGUAGAGGGAAAGCAUCAAGCUAUGAAAGCAUUCCAGAGGAGGACAUGGAUCCCUCUGGAACACUAAACACUUUGGGACCAGGAAACAGGCUUGGGCAUAAUUUGAGCAGAGGUAGCUCUAUCUCCAAGCAGUCCAGCUGUGAGAGCAUUACGGAUGAGUUCUCUAGGUUCAUGGUGAACCAGAUGGAGAUGGAGGGUCGUGGGUUUGACCUUCUACUGGACUACUAUGCAGGGAAAAAUGCCAGCAGCAUCCUUGCAGCAGCUGUUCAACAGGCUGCCAGUAAAAAAAACGGACACCUCAAUGUGCGGACGUCAUCAUCAUGUCUCUCUAAGCAAUCAAGCACUGAGAGUAUCACAGAGGAAUUUUACCGCUUCAUGCUGAAAGACAUGGACAAGGAGAACAAAGACUACAGUCUGACCAAGACCAAAGAAUGGAGUAAUAGCCUGUUACCCCCAUCACCCAGAACCCCAUUUUGUAUCCGUCAGUCCUCUGUUCCUGAUAGACGAUCAUCAGAUUCCAGACUAACUGUAAACUCACCCAUUAAGGCUAAUUCAUUUGAUGGUUUUGCUCAAAAUGUUCAUGGAGACUCACUCAGCAUAUAUCCGACCAGCUCUGUGUCAUCAACAGGACUCUGCAAGUCUGAUUCCUGCUUGUAUAAGCGUGGUCAAACUGACCAAAUCACAGAUAUGUUGAUUCAUGAGACCUGGGCCAGCUCUAUUGAGUCUCUAAUGCGCAAGAAUAAAAUCAUUGCAGAGUCAUCAGAGGACAGUGUGGAACUGGAUUCUGCAGACUCACAACCACAUGUGCAGCUCUUUGCUGAUCGUCUAGCAGCAGACAUUGUAGAGAGUGGCAAAUCCUUGCUUGGAAGCCAGCAAGAAAUCAGUGCAGCCGCUUGUCACCCAUAUGUUCCUGUUAGAGAAAGGAGACAUGGCUUUAAACAUUCUCGUCGAGACAGUGGUGGAAACCGGCCAAGUGUGGAGCAUCAAGAAAAUAGGGGUAAUUUGCAAAGUUCUUCCUGUAUGAGGCAAGCAUGGCGAGGGCAGAGGGAGGUACCCCUGAUCCAUAUUGAGCCAGAUCAAAGAGAAGAGGUCUCUGAAGAUGUGGGGAGGAAUGGGACUCACCACAGAGAAGCAUCCCAUCAGGUCCAGCCACAAAGUGGAAAAGAAAGUGGGAUGGCAACCAAAAGCAGUGACAAACACAGGAAUUCCCCAGUGGCCACAGCGCCCUCUGCAGAUGUGGAGGUGGAGCGACGCUCUUUCAGUGCUAGCAGUGAGGAAAGUGGCUCAGGAAGUUGGGCCCAGAUUGCCCCUGAUGACGACCCCCAGGAGGAGACCACCAGUAGCUUUAUCCAGCUAAGCGAGGGAAAUGGGAAUAGCAGUGCUUCUAGUCUCGGACUGGCAGACCUGGAGGGCUUUCUAGACUACUCGAUCUCCAGCACCGUAAUCAGCGAGGAGAGAGAGAGGAAAGCACCGAACUGUCAGGAUCAGGCAGAUGAAGCAACAUCAGGUUUAUCCACAGCAGGCAGCAGCUGUCAAAUGGAGCUCUUGGUGGUGAACUUUGACCAAGUUCCAGACUGUGUGGAUGGAGAACUAAGAGCAGCGCUUCAGUGGAUUGCUGCGUCUGAGCUUGGCGUGCCAGCAAUCAACUUCAAAAAGACUCAGGAGCACAAUGUUGCUAAGUUCUAUAGAGUGGUGCAGUUGGCAAAUCAGAAGGCCUGGCAUGUGGGGGACUUGUUCAGUGCUGUGGCGCAGUUCUGUCAGCUCCACCAGAACCUGGAGCAGAGAGGACAGCCAGUGCCCAGCUUGUUUGACUGGAUACUGAAGACCAAACGCUAGAGUACCCACACAUCCACUAUAUGGACCAGGAGGUGGAGACACCAUGUCUAUCCUGUGCUAGCACAAAUAUAUAGUCUGGACAAGCAUCCCAUAUGAGCCCACUGCUACACUCGAACACAGGCUACUCUAACAAAGACCCUGUGAUCCUCCAUAACUAGUCAAAUUGUCUCACCUCUGUACAUCAACAUGUUUUUCUUCAGUUGGCUUUCUUGAGAAAGCAAGCUGCUAUGUGAAACUCACAGGUAAGCAAGCUAGUUUACAGGAUGCCAGCAGUAAUAAAUCUGUACACACUCAGCCAUACAUGUGAACUCACCAGCACCUCCCAAGUUCUACCCUUUGAUAUGCUCAUUAAUAUUCACGGCUUACAAGUGGCACAAAUCAUUAUUCAGAUACCUGCACCACCUGUCACACUUGUAUAUGUCUUUGCUUGAUCACAGGAAUUAUGGUAUGUACUGUAGGAAGAAAGCUUGUCCAUAACUAUCAUGAGGUGCAAUGUGCCGGAAAUGUUCUUCAGAGCAUUGCAUAUCAAAUAGAUUGUGAUUAGAGGUUAUUUCCCUUUAAAUUUCGCAUGUUCCUAUGUCUGUAUGUGCAUGGAACAUUAGAUCCACCAGUCACCAGCUUGCUCUGGUUGGAGGAACAUGGUUUAAACCUACCAACCAACCGAUCAGCCUUGAUAUUUUCUAGCCUGCAGAUUUUUACAGCACGACAAACUCAUUUCAAAUGCACAAGAUGACUUUAUAUCAACAACAAUGGAGGUGACAGCUAUAUUAAAGAAAUUUAGAUGUUUGUAUAUAAGGUGAAAUAUAUAUAGUGAGAUCCCAUUACAAACACACAGCACAUAAGACUUUUAUUUAAAGUUUACAUUGUGCAGUUGUUUUUAUUGUACAUCUGAGACUGAAUUCUGUGUUUAGUUUUCUGUGAUGACUGUUAUUUAAGAGAUUUUAUUUUCGGCUAGAUGUAAAUAGUCUAGAUUGUGAGCUAUUGUACCUUUGGGUUGCAAAUGAAAUCUAAGUUUUUGGUUUCUGAUUGCAGAAAUUCAGACAGACAGGAUCACAGUAAAAAGGCUCACCAGACUACAGUAAAAGUUUAGGGUAUGAUUAGAAUAUAUUUAAAGUACUGUACAAGUACAGUUUUGUCACGUAAAAGUUGACUUGUAAAUGUGAAAUCUGGUGCGUUACGUUUUCUCUGCAUAGUAACAUAGUAGUAAUAUAUGUGUUUUAAUAUCAGCGUUGCAAGCGCACAACAAAACUGUAUCUAGUCUGUCACAGUAUACCUGAAUGUAUUUAUCUUUUCAAAAUAAAAUUUGCGUAAAAGUGA